AUGCUGAGCGCAAUCAUCCGAGCAAUCGAGGUCUCCUCGGACGCGUCUCCGUACCAGAACGCAGACAUACUGCCUCUGCCGCCGGCGCGUCGGACGUGGUCGAAGAAAGUGUUUGCUUUCUUCUGGCUAUCCACGGCGAUCAACAUUGCCGAGUGGUCGGGCGCCUCAGCCGGACUGGCUAUUGGUCUUACUGUCGGACAAGCCAUCGCAGUGAACCUUAUAAGUACUCUGAUAAUAACGCUCGCGUUGGUGAUCAACGGCCACGGAGGCGGAAAAUGGCACGUACCCUUUGCUGUCAUCAACCGCUCAGCAUGGGGCUUACGAGGAUCAUGGUUCGCACUACUCAACCGCAUUAUCCUUUCAUGCUGUUGGUACGGCGUCGAAGGCUGGUACGGCGGCCAGAUGGUCAAAAUCAUGAUCGGUACGAUAUGGCCGAGCUUCUACCACAUGAAGAACACGUUCGGACCGGGGGCUGCCAUGAAGACUAACGAAUUCAUCUCUUUCAUCAUAUUUUGGACUAUCUCUCUACCUAUCUUCCUCGUAAAACCCGAACACUACCGCAUCCCCGCGAUUGUCUCCUCAGUCAUCGUGACGAUAGCCGCCCUAGCAAUAUUCAUCUGGGCAUUGGCGAAGCAGGGAAAUGCCGGCCCGUUAUGGUCAGAGCCCCAAGAGAUAUACGGCGUGCCGAAGCUUGAAGGCUCAAAGCUUAGUUGGGCGAUGAUGAGGAUUAUCACCAGCGGGAUUGGCGGGUGGGCAGGCGGGAUUUUGUACCAAAGCGAUUUUUCUCGGUACGCGGUUAACCCUGGCGAUCAAAUGUGGGGCCAGAUCUUCAUCAUCCCCGUGUGCUUGUUCGGCUCGAACCUACUGGGCCUCAUAACGACUUCCUGUGCGCGAGGGCUCUUUCCUGAGGAACCUUUGCUAUGGAGACUGUACGAUUUAUUACAGGCCAUACAGGAGCAUGGAGGGAACGGCACGCGAGCCGCUGUGUUCUUUGCGGCUUUUGCGUUUUUCUUGUCGCAGAUCUGCGUCAACGUGGUCGCUUGUGGCGUCGUGGGCGGGAUGGACCUAGCAGCUCUGUUGCCCAGGUUCCUCAACAUACGUCGGGGAUCAUUCAUCAUUGCUAUCAUCGGAAUUUGCAUCAAUCCGUGGAGGAUUUUAAACACUGCGAACUCAUUCAUCUCCGCUAUAUCGGCGUACGCGGUGUUCCUCGGUCCCCUGACCGGAAUCAUGGUGACGGAUUAUCAUAUCCUACGGAGCCGCCGAUUGAAACUGUCCCAUCUGUAUUUGCCCAAUCCGUCAAGUGACUAUUGGUUCUGGCACGGCUUGAAUUGGCGGGCACCCAUCGCGUGGGUCCUAGGCGUCUUCCCAAGUAUGCCAGGUUUCGCAGCUUCUGUCACGCCGGCAUCAGUGCAAGUCAACGCAGGAUGGACGCAUGUCUACUAUAUGUCGUGGCUCCUCAGCUUCUUCAUCAGCGGUUCAGCAUGGAUGGUCCUCAAUACAGUGUGGCCGCCCCCUGGCGUCGGAGAAGUGGAUGAAAAGGAUGUGUUUGGUACGUUCGGGCCCGCGGCGGGUGAUAGCGUGGACGCCAAGGAGAAGGACCUGGAGAUGACCGUGGACGACACGUAUCCUUGAGAUGCGCACUCAAGACGAGAGUGAUUACACCGCGAUGAUUGCCCAUGAGACAUCGUGCUCACCGACGGCCUGGGCCGUAGACGAUCCAUGGCUGGGAAGCCAUAGCGAUAUCUUCUCCUCAUCAGACGAAAAUACGCCUUCUGCCUGCUUCGUUCUGUCGUAGAAACUGACCAUCAAACCUACCUCUAUAGAAUCGAGGAUAUGAACACCCAUACCAUGCCCUGCUGAUUGAUCCGGC